AUGGGCGUGUUCACUUACGAAUCCGAGUUCGCCUCUGUCAUUGCACCACCAAGACUGUUCAAGGCCUUUGUUCUUGAUGCUGACAACCUCAUCCCCAAGAUUGCUCCACAGGCUGUGAAGAGUGCUGAAAUUGUUGAAGGAGAUGGAGGUGUUGGAACCAUCAAGAAGAUUCAUCUUGGUGAAGGAAGCGAAUACAGCUACGUGAAGCAUCAGAUUAAUGGACUGGACAAAGACAACUUUGUUUACAAGUACAGCAUCAUUGAAGGUGAUGCUAUUGGAGACAAAGUUGAGAAAAUCUCGGACGAGAUUAAACUGGUGGCAUCUCCAAGUGGAGGUUCUAUCAUCAAGAGCAAAGGGAUUUAAUACUUCGAUCAAAACAAAAUUUAAUACUUUAUAACUAUUUAAGGCAUGCAAGAAAAGUAAGUCGUAAAAAAUUAG